AUGUCUCCAAAAGUCUUCAUCGUUACCGGCGCCAGCAAGGGCCUCGGCGCAGCCAUUACCCAGCGUCUGCUCAGCCAAUCUCACAAGGUUGUCGUUGUCGCAAGAUCUGAAGAGCCAUUGCAGGCUCUCAAGAGAGCGCACCCUGACCGGGUGGAAUACGUCGCAGGCGAUAUGACAGACACAGCGAUUGCUGGCAGAAUCGUCGACGCUGCGGUCAAGGCCUUCGGCCAGAUUGAUGGCCUCAUUAUCAACCACAGCGUACUUUCUCCUCAGAGACUUUCUGAUGUCCCGCUCGAACAGUUCCGGCACAUCUACGACGUCAACGUGUUCAGCCAGCUUGCAAUUGCACAAGCUGCCCUCGCAGAGAUUAAAAAGAGCAAAGGGACCAUUCUUUCUGUAUCAACGGGCGCUGUGAACAUGUCCUUCGCCGCGUGGGGAUCCUACGCUUCUUCCAAGUCAGCCGUCAAUGUCCUCUCCGCUCACCUUGCGGUCGAGGAGCCAGAUAUCACCACCAUUGCCAUUGAUCCAGGUCUGAUGGACACCGACAUGCAAGCAACGAUUCGCUCUGAAGGCAAGGCUAGCAUGAGCCAAUCUCAGCACGACAUGUUUGUCGGAUUCCUUGAUCAAGGCGCACUCAUGAAGCCAGAGCAGCCAGGCAAUGUGAUCGCCGCGUUCGUGGCUGAGCCUUCGAAGGAGCUCAGUGGGAAAUUCUUGCCCUGGAACGCGGAAGAGCUGGCCAAGUACCAGUAG